AUGGCCAUGUACGUAGUGAAGCGCGACGGGCGCCAGGAGCCCGUGCACUUCGACAAGAUCACCGCGCGCAUCAACAAGCUCGCCUACGGCCUCAACCAGGAGUUCUGCGACCCGGUUCUCGUCGCGCAGAAGGUUGCGGUUGGCGUCUACAAGGGCGUCACCACCUCCGAGCUCGAUGAGCUCGCCGCCGAGACGGCCGCGUCCAUGACCUCCAAGCACCCCGACUACGCUCAGCUCGCCGCGCGCAUCGCCGUGUCCAACCUCCACAAGAACACCCUCAAGUCGUUCUCGGAGACCAUGAAGGUCAUGUACGAGCACGUCAACAAGCGCAACGGCAAGUGGUCCCCGCUGCUCGCCGACGACGUGUACGAGAUCAUCAAGGAGAACGCCGACCGUUUCGAUUCCGAGAUCGUGUACGACCGCGACUUUGACUACGAUUACUUCGGCUACAAGACUCUGGAGCGAUCGUACCUCCUCCGCGUCGACGGCAAGAUCGUGGAGCGCCCCCAGCACCUGCUCAUGCGCGUCGCCAUCGGCAUCCACAAGGAUGUGGAGAAGGCCAUCGACACCUACCACAUGCUCUCCGAGCGCUGGAUGACCCACGCGUCCCCCACGCUCUUCAACUCGGGUACCCCCCGCCCCCAGCUGUCGUCGUGUUUCCUCAUCGCCAUGAAGGAGGAUUCCAUCGAGGGCAUCUACGAUACCCUCAAGGAGUGCGCGUGCAUCUCCAAGUCCGCCGGCGGCAUCGGUCUGUCCAUCCACGACAUCCGCGCCACCUCUUCCUACAUCCGCGGCACCAACGGAACCUCCAACGGCAUCAUCCCCAUGCUUCGCGUCUUUAACGACACCGCGAGGUACGUCGACCAGGGCGGCGGCAAGAGGAAAGGCGCAUUCGCCAUCUACCUCGAGCCGUGGCACGCGGACAUCUUCGACUGGCUCGACCUCCGCAAGAACCACGGCAAGGAGGAGGCGCGUGCCAGGGACCUGUUCUACGGCCUGUGGACCAACGAUCUGUUCAUGAAGCGCGUCGAGGCUAACGGCGAGUGGACCCUCUUCUGCCCCAACGAAGCCCCGGGUCUCGCGGAUUGCUGGGGCGAGGAGUUCGAGGCUCUGUACGAAAAGUACGAGGCGGAGGGCAAGGGUAAGAAGACGGUCAAGGCCCAGCAGCUCUGGUUCGCCAUCCUCGAGUCCCAGGUUGAGACUGGUAACCCGUACAUGCUCUUCAAGGAUGCGUGCAACCGCAAGUCCAACCAGCAGAACCUCGGCACCAUCCGAUCCUCCAACCUCUGCACCGAGAUUGUCGAGUACACCUCGCCGGAGGAGACCGCGGUGUGCAACCUCGCGUCCAUCGCGCUGCCCCGCUUCGUCAUCGAGAACAACCCCCAGUCCCCCACGGGCCGCACCGAGGCGAAGAAGCUCCGAGGGUCCAUCGGCGCCGCCAACAGGUACUUCGACCACGACAAGCUCGCCGAGAUCACCCGCAAGGUGACCCGCAACCUCAACCGCAUCAUCGACGUCAACUACUACCCCGUCGAGACCGCCAGGCGCAGCAACAUGAAGCACAGGCCCAUUGGCCUCGGCGUUCAGGGCCUCGCCGACGUCUUCAUCCUCCUCGGCAUGCCCUUCGACUCUCCCGAAGCGAAGAAGCUCAACGCCGAGAUCUUCGAGACCAUCUACUUCGCCGCGCUCACCGAGUCCAACGACAUCGCCAAGCGCGACGGAACCUACGAGUCCUACCCAGGCUCCCCCGUCUCCAACGGCGUCCUCCAACCCGACAUGUGGGGCCUGACCGAGAUGCCCGGCGGCGACAGGCACGACUGGACCGGGCUUCGGACGAAGAUCUCCGAGCACGGCGUCCGCAACUCCCUGCUGGUGGCGCCCAUGCCCACCGCGUCCACGUCCCAGAUUUUGGGCAACAACGAGUGCUUCGAGCCGUACACCUCCAACAUCUACGCCCGCCGCGUGCUCUCCGGCGAGUUCACCGUCGUGAACCAGCACCUCCUCUCCGACCUCACCGAGAUGGGCCUCUGGGACCCCAGCCUCAAGAACGAGCUCAUCGCCAACAACGGCUCCGUCCAGUCGCUGGACAUCCCCGACAACCUCAAGGAGAUCUACAAGACGGUCUGGGAGAUCAAGCAGCGCAUCCUCGUGGACAUGGCCGCCGACCGCGGCGCCUUCAUCGACCAGUCGCAGUCGUUCAACGUGCACAUGUCCGACGCCAACAGCGGUAAGCUGACGUCGCUGCACUUUUACGCGUGGAAGAAGGGCCUUAAAACCGGCAUGUACUACCUCAGGUCCAGGGCCGCCGCCGACGCGGUCAAGUUCACCGUCGAUCCCAACAGCGUCAAGGCUAAGAACGCGUCUUCAAAGAAGGAGGUUGUCGGCGACAAGGAGAACCAGCCCGCGAACGGGGAGGGUGCGAAGAAGGGACCCGUCGACCCGGACAUGGAGGAGGAGGCUCUCAUGGCGGCGAAGAUUGCGUGCUCCCUCGCCAACAAGGACGAGUGCGUGAUGUGCGGCGCGUAAACUUCCAAUCCCCAUUGGAACGACGUUCUUUUACACACACGCAGGGGGUUUUCCCUCUGUGUGUGGAACGUCGGACGCGCUCAUCAUCGGUGAUGUGGCCGUCGUCGUCAUCAUCAUCAUCACACCUGUUCUGUUGCCGCAUUCAUACCGCCGUCGAGCCGAGUCGCGACUUGGUGGGAAUGGGACCCGUGAAGUGGUGGAGCGUUCGAGGUUGAAGCGAUGACGCCUCGAGGUUGUCGUCCACGCGGGGUGGGCCCCCGUCGCGAGUGCAUGGUUUCGACGAAUACACCUCUGUUGUCAGUCUACCGUAGCGCUAUUGGCGAACGU